CUCAUCUUUGCCUCCGAGCUGUUUCUUCUUCCUCAACAACGAGAGAAGAGAAGAAGAAGAGAAGAAGAGAAGAGAAGAGCAGUUUGAGGAGGAAGAAUCAAGAGUCUGCAAUAGUUUGUUCUGCUCUCGAAUCAACUUCUGCUGUAAAUAGCGCAACUUCUCGUCAUCAUCAUCAUCAUCAUCCCUGAUUCUACACACAUUCACUACUCCACCACAUUCACUGCAUUCACUACACCAACAUGCUCGGAGACUACACGACAACCGCCUCCUGGGCCCUCUUCUUCUGUCUCUUCGUCGCGACCGCAGUCUACGCCACCCGCCGCCGAUGGGAACCCACCGUCCGCGCUUCCUUCCCGCUCUACAACUCCAUCUUCCCCGUCCGCACAAACAUCCUCGGCCUCGCCGGCGCAGGCUACCUCCCCGGCAACUCCGCCACCGGCGCCCUCCCGCGCAGCCACCUCCUCCCCAUCUCCGACACCGCAUCCCACUCCACCGCAUCCACCCGCCUCUCGACCUCCUCCGGCGGCGCAAACUCCUCCUUCCAAUCCGAUCUCGAGUCCGGCUUGAGUUCGGAGAUGUUUAAUCUCUCUGACAACGCGCGCGAGGGGGAUUCGCGCGGCGGGUUGGCCGAGGACUCAAAGUUGGAGAUCCAGAAUAUCAUGCGCGAGUGCCAUGUCGGCUUUGAUGAGGCGCGCGCGAUGUACACCGCCCGCGUGCUCGAGAGGAAUAAUAUCGGUGCUGAUGGUCUGCCUCGGGAUCCGCGCGCUGUCUUCUUCAGCUGAGCUGUUCCCUUAGUUUCCACCCUUCACUACCUCUUCCUCCACUUCCUCUACUUCCUCUUUCUUCCAUUACUUCCUCCUCCUUAUAGAAUAUCAGUUCUUUUUGUCUUUGUUUCUUCUUGUCUUGUCUUCUUCAAUACCUUGUCUCGGUUACGGUGUCCAACAGGUCCGGUUUCGAGGUGUACAUCUGAUUUCACAUCACAUCACAUCAUCUUCCCUUUCUCUUUCUCUCUUUCUUUCUCUUUUCUUUCCCUUUUGUUGUUACAUUGGAGUUUACUUGUCUGCUUUAUUUCAUACUCUCACGGCGUGUUUCGCAAAACUAAAAUAUGACGAUGAUUAUCAUUCUUCCUCUCACUUUCCCCAUUCUUCUGUGAUUUAGUAGGCAACCAACGCAAUAACUAUAUAUUCAAAAUAUACAACAAACGAACAGAUGAUUGCAGA